CGGGAAAGCGGCGGCAGCAGGGUAGAAUGGCGGCGCCCGCGGACUCGGUUUGCGGCGGCCCCGCGGCCGUGCGGCUGCCGCGGUCGCCGCCGCUCAAGGUGCUGGCGGAGCAGCUGCGGCGCGACGCGGAGGGCAGCCCGGGCGCGUGGCGGCUGUGUCGGGCGGCGGCAGGCCGCGGGCCGCUGGAACUGGCGGCGGUGUGGAUGCAGGGCACGGUGGUGGCGGCGCGCGACGGCGAGGCGCGGCUGCGGGACCCGAGCGGGCCCUUCUCGGUGCGCGGCCUGGAGCGGGUGCCGCGCGGGCGGCCCUGCCUCGCCCCAGGGAAGUAUGUGAUGGUGAUGGGAGUGGUUCAGACCUGCAGCCCCGAGCCGUGCCUUCAGGCUGUGAAGAUGACGGACCUUUCUGACAAUCCCAUCCAUGAAGACAUGUGGGAACUAGAAGUGGAAGAUUUACACAGGAGCAUUCCUUAGGUCAUGCUGGCACUGUCCUUAUAAACAACC